AUGGCCUCGGUUGUAAAAGAUGAGGGAAGUGGCUAUCCGAUAGCAUUGGAUAGUUUCAUUCCGGAUUUGAGCGCGAUGAGCUACUCAACUUUGCUAACUCAAACUGUGCUCGCCUGUGUGAUUGUCUAUGUAAUCUUCUCGAAAUUCAAUCGUAAACCACGAGAAAGAGAAUUGUCCGAAGAGGUUAGUAAUGAAAAGGAGGCGUUGAUAGCGAGUUGGGAACCUGAGCCAUUAGUACCGGAAACUCCAGCGGAUCAUCCGGCCUUGAAUCCGAAAUAUGUGGACGGGAAAAUGACGAAGUAUGUGCAAAUCGAUGGAAAGGAAUAUCUGAAUGUCGCUACCACAAAUUUCUUGGGAUUGGUUGGAGAUGAACGUAUUGAGGCGACAGCUAAGAAAACGAUUAUGAAGUAUGGAGUGGGCUCAUGUGGUCCACGAGGUUUCUACGGAACCGUUGAUGUUCAUCUUGACUUGGAGAAGGAAUUGGCGGAGUUUCUGGGAUGCGAAGAGGCCGUUCUGUACAGUUACGGGUUCGCGACAAUCGCUAGUGCUAUACCAGCUUAUGCGAGACGAGGAGAUGUGAUCUUCGUCGAUAAAGGUGUGAACUUCGCCAUUCAAAAAGGUGUGCAAGCGUCGAGAAGUCGCAUCGAAUGGUUCAACCACAAUGAUAUGGAUGAUCUGGAAAGACUUCUCGAGGAACAGGCAAAACUCGACUUAAAAGAUCCGAAAAAAGCAGCAAAGACACGUCGUUUCAUGGUGGUUGAGGGACUGUACUACAAUUUGGGUGAUUUAUGUCCAUUGCCGAAAUUGUUGGAGUUGAAGUGGAAAUACAAAGUUCGAAUCUUUAUUGAUGAAUCGAUAUCGUUUGGUGUACUCGGCAAAACCGGACGAGGUCAGUUAGGAAAUCAUUUUGAAAUGUUUUUCUCGCUAUUUCUUUCAGAAUUUUUUUACCUUUCUAGAUUUUGCCCACUGUGA